UUUCCUUGAGAUAAAUGUACAAUAUACAUCAGGUGCCUUCAAGAAAGCCGAGACUCUCCACUGCCUCAGCCAGAUGCUACGUGCAAUUGGAGGAGAAGGGUCAGGAGAACGCCAAAUGCGUCAGGAAGUUGGGAAAUUGAAACAACAGUUACAGGGCAUCAGCAUGGUUGACCAGUUUGCUACAUAUGCUAGAGUUCAACGCAAGAUUAAUACACAAAACCAGCAGUAUAAAGAGAAGGUGAUGGAACGUUCUGUAGGAGAACAGCGAGUGCGUCUGGUUCUGGGAGGACUACUACGGGCUGUGGUGGGACUCUUGUGUAUUUGGUUGAUUUGGGAGCACCAGUCCGAUCCAGUCAUUUCACUCUCGCCUGACCUUGUAUGGCCUCUUGGACCACUGCUGUCUUUUCCUGGGUGCCAGUUAGGACAGAUAAGUGUGAUGGUGUGGUUAAGUGUAGUACGGAUAGUGUGCAGUCGAAUAACCAGCUCAGUGACAUCUAGUGCCCCAAAACCUGCUCCACAGUUGGUUACCCCGGUCUUCACUCAGUCAGCCACUCCAGUUGCUCCACCAUUAGAUUGAAACAGUUUGUCAUGGUAUUGCAAGGUGAAGCUGGUUAGUGUUUUUCAAACUGUGCUGUGUAAACCCUAAUAAAACAUUAUACUUUUUUUCAUAUAGCAUACAAUAAAUUCAUGUGAAUUUAUAUUUUAUUGAGCAAUGAAUAAAUCUUCAACCUUUCUCCAAAAAAAUUAUAUAUGGUGUGUAUUCUAUUCAUUCUGGUCUCACUAUGACGGAUAUGUUAUCUUUUUAUCAAUAAAUACAGUAUAUAAAAAGCUUCCACCGAUUUUUACUGCAAGACGAUUUAUUUCAAACUCAAGUGUUUGUUUGGUGGUUCGCCUUCCAAGCUAAUACAGUAUGUACACUUGGCUAUGGUAGUGAUUCUUCUGUGUUAAAUUCAUGUUUAGUUAACAGAAUUUGCUAAUGUUAUUAUGCUUCAGUUUCUCUGUACAGUACAGUAUUAAUAGAAGUGUGCAACUGUAUAGUGACUAACUCCAGCCUGUAUAUACUGUACAAUGCAGUUUCAGUUAAAUUGCCACCAGUGCAUGUACUGUAUUUCAUUUGUAUAUUAAAAUUUUUUACCUUUGGGUUA